CAUACCAUUUCAAUUAUACUAUAAAUAUUCUCACUAUAUCUUCCUUUUUCAUCACAAAAUUGUCGGUUACAUCAUCUCAACCAUCAUAACCAAUUAAAUUAAAUUGAGAGAAACUUAAAAAAGAAUGUUUCUAUUAGCACUCAUAAGCCUCACAAAAUGGUUUUGGUACCAUAUGAUUGUUAAAUCAUGUUAUCAAACUGCAAAAAAAUUGAAAAGUUAUAGCUUUAAUUUGUUUGAUCUUUCAUCUAAACCACUUCAUCAACCUUCAAUUUUUCCUAGUAUUUUGAAUUGUGAUUUAAAAGGUAGAGAGUCACAAACACUUGUUUGUGACAUUCAUAGUGUCCUAUUAAGAACUCAUUCUUUCUUUCCUUAUUUCAUGCUAAUUGCUUUUGAAGGUGGUAGCAUUUUAAGAGCUUUUAUAUUACUUUCUUCAUGUCCUAUAUUAUGGUUUUUAAGCUAUGAACUUAAGCUUAAAGUUAUGAUCUUCAUAACUUUUUGUGGACUUAAAAUAAAGGACAUGGAAAUGAUAGCAAGAGUUGUUUUACCAAAGUUUUACAUGGAGAAUCUUAAUCUUAUGCCUUAUGAGGUUUUGGUUUCAGCAAAGUGUAGAGUUUUCAUCACUUCUGUUCCUAGAGUUAUGGUUGAGGGAUUUUUGAAGGAAUAUUUGAAUGGUGAUGAUGUUAUAGCUACUGAAUUGCAAAGUGUUGGAUGUUACUUCACUGGUUUGAUCUCUAAGCAUGGUUUGGUUGUUAAGCAUAGUGCAAUAAUGGAUUAUUUUGGAGAUAAAAAACCUGAUUUAGGGAUUGGAAGCACAUGUGUCAAUGAUCAUCAUUUUAUAUCAUGUUGCAAGGAAGCUUAUGUGGUGAGCAAUGAAAUAAGUCCAAAAUCAAUCAUGCAAAGAGAAAAAUAUCCAAAACCAUUAAUAUUCCAUGAUGGAAGACUAGCAUUUUACCCUACACCUUCAUCAACUCUCUACAUGUUCAUGUGGCUUCCAAUUGCAAUUCCAUUAUCAAUUUAUAGAUUAUUUCUUGGAACAAUUGUUUAUUACAAAUGGGGUCUUGCAUUAGUAGGAUAUAGUGGUAUUACUAUAACUAUCAAAGGCUAUGAUAACACUAAAAAUAAUUUAGAAAAAAAUAAAGGAGUACUUUAUGUUUGUAAUCAUAGAUCAUUAUUAGAUCCUGUUUUUCUAAGCAUGAGUUUAAGAAAAACAUUAACAACUGUAACUUAUAGCUUAAGUAAAGUGUCUGAAAUUAUGUCUCCUAUUAAGACAAUGAGUUUAACAAGAGAUAGAGAACAAGAUAGAGAAACAAUGCAAAGGUUACUUGGUGAAGGUGAUUUAGUUGUUUGUCCUGAAGGAACAACUUGUAGGGAACCUUAUCUUUUAAGGUUUAGUUCACUUUUUGCUGAACUUGCUGAUGAGAUUGUGCCUGUUGCUAUGCAAGCUAAUGUGAGUUUGUUUUAUGGUACAACAGCUAGUGGAUUAAAAUGGUUGGAUUCAUUUUUGUUUUUGAUGAAUCCAUGGCCAACUUAUAUUAUUGAAUUACUUGAAAAAGUUCCAAAAGAAUUCACUUGUGCUGGUGGAAAGUCUCGUUUUGAAGUUGCUAAUUAUAUACAAAGAGAGUUGGGGAUUGCUUUGGGAUUUGAGUGUACAAAUAUUACUAGAAGGGAUAAAUAUAUGAUGUUAGCUGGAAAUGAAGGUGUUGUUCAUAAAAAGAAGUGAAAAUUGUGGUGAUUGAAGUUUCACAUUCAAGAUGUGUACAGUAUAAUUCUGGUUUGAAAUUAAUAUCUCUCUCUCUCUCUCUCUAUAUAUAUAUA